CUGCCGGCACCUUUGUAAGGAGGACCCCUGGACUGAGAAGAUACAGGAGCCCUUGCUCUCCUGGAACACGGUGGAGUUCUGAAUAUCCUUGCAAGGUCUGGCUGGUGGCCCUAUGGGGCGGUGACCUUAACCGGCCGCCGGCUGGGGUGGGGGCAGGGGAGGGCCGCACCACAGCUGUUCCCAGAAAUGUACAUCCCCUCCCAGGGCUGACUCGACCUCUACCCGUUUGCCCACCGGCCUGUGCAAGGCAAGUCCUGAUUUCCUAAGACCCUCGCUUUCCUCAGCGGACGCCUCUUCAGCUCCCAACCCCAGGGUUAUGAAACGGGAUCGGGCAGAGCAGUGGGUUAGAUUCCGGGUCCAGAGUCCUCCCUUGGGGAGUCCCUGCACUCGCGUCCUGUGGAAGCACAUCUCUUCCCGCACAGGAGGGGAGAGGUGGCCGGCAGUUUCUCGCUCCGGCCAGAGCCCCGCGCACGCUAGCCUGGGCGUCCGGGGACAAAGGCGCAGGCACAUCUGGACGUGGGGGUCUAAGGUUGCCCUCCGUUCCGGGGCACCCAAGGCGUGUGGUCCCGGGCCGGACUGGCGGGAAGCACCGCGCUCAGCCCUGACGCCAAGGCUAUUCGGGCCCCAAAGAUCGCCCCUCAGCGGGUCGCCCGGGGCCCCGCCCACCUUAUGCAGGGGCGGGCCCUCGUGUGCCCAUUGGUUCUGGCCGUCGCGCUGUCUCCCCGAGCGGCCCUCCCAUUGGCCUCGCUCCGCUCACGUGACUGAGAGAACAAGGGGGCGUAGGCGGCGGCGGGGUGGGGGAGCGUACAGGGAAAACAAAGAUGGCGGCCGCGCCGGGGUCGGUGGCCGCGGCGGCUGCGGGGCGACGCGCGGGCCGAACCCACUGAGGCGGCGGCGCAGGGAGCGGGGCUGCGGGGUCGCGGCGGCGGCGGCGAGAGGGCGGAGGGAGCGCGCGGCGCCCCUAACCUCUAGCCGCGGGAGCGCGCCGGCACCCGCCCGCCGGGCCGGCCGGCCGCGAUGUCCGGCGCCGAGGAGGCCGGCGGGGGCGGCCCGGCCGCGGGGCCUGCCGGUGCCGUGCCGGCCGGGGUCGGGGCCGGGGCCGGGGUCGGGGCCGGGGCCGGAGCGUCUGCGGGGCCGGCGGCGGCGCUGGGCGAGGCGGCGGGGCCCGGGAUCCCAGACGAGGCGGGCCUGGCCGGCGCCCGGCAGCUGCAGGAGGCGGCGGGCGACUCCGAUGCGCCGCCCAAGAAGCGGCUACGGGCGGCCGAGACGGCCGAGGCGGCGGCGGCGGCGGCGGCGGCGGGCAGCGGGAAGCUGGAGGAGCGGCUCUACUCGGUUCUGUGCUGCACGGUCUGCCUGGACCUGCCCAAGGCCUCCGUGUACCAGUGUACUAAUGGGCACUUGAUGUGCGCUGGCUGUUUUAUCCACCUACUAGCAGAUGCCCGGCUGAAGGAGGAGCAAGCCACGUGCCCCAACUGUCGUUGCGAGAUCAGUAAGAGCCUCUGCUGCCGCAACCUGGCCGUGGAGAAGGCCGUGAGCGAGCUGCCCUCUGAGUGUGGCUUCUGCCUGUGCCAGUUCCCCCGCUCCCUCCUGGAGAGGCACCAGAAAGAGGAGUGCCAGGACAGGGCUCACCUCCUCCCCAGGGUGACGCAGUGCAAGUACAAGCGUAUCGGCUGCCCAUGGCACGGCCCUUUCCACGAGCUGACAGUGCACGAGGCCGCGUGUGCCCACCCAACCAAGACGGGCAAUGAGCUGAUGGAGAUCCUGGACGAGAUGGACCAGAGCCACCGCAAGGAGAUGCAGCUCUACAACAGCAUCUUUAGCCUGCUCAGCUUCGAGAAGAUCGGCUACACAGAGGUCCAGUUCCGGCCGUACCGCACGGAUGACUUCAUCACGCGCCUGUACUACGAGACGCCGCGGUUCACGGUGCUGAACCAGACGUGGGUCCUAAAGGCGCGCGUGAACGACUCGGAGCGCAACCCCAACCUGUCGUGCAAGCGCACGCUGUCCUUCCAGCUCCUCCUCAAGAGCAAGGUGACGGCGCCCCUGGAGUGCUCUUUCCUGCUGCUCAAGGGCCCGUACGACGACGUGAAGAUCAGCCCUGUCAUCUACCACUUUGUCUUCACCAACGAGAGCAACGAGACGGACUACGUGCCGCUGCCCAUCGUCGACUCCGUGGAGUGCAACAAGCUGCUGGCCGCCAAGAACAUCAACCUGCGGCUCUUCCUGUUCCAGAUACAGAAGUAGGCGGCCCCGCGGCACUGCCCGCGCCUGCCGGCAGCGGCCUCACGGCGCCAUCGCCCAUCUCGCCAAGGAGAAGGAGCAGAGGCGAACACUGGGACGUCUGCAUGCGUGUGCGAAGGUGGGAGCGCCCCCCUCGCCCUCUGCCCCACCUCCCCUGUCCCGGGCGCUGGAGGCCGGGCCACCGCAGAGGGGACGCUGCUCCGGGACCCAAGGGGCGCGGCGCAGCACGGCAGCCUGGCCCCGGCCCCUACCGCGCAGCGGGCCACACGCCUGCUCUGGGCCACACAUGGGGCUGUGCACGGCCCCUGGGCCGGGCUCGGGGGCGCUGACCUCAGACAGCAUAUUUGAUUGCAAUUAAAAAGGCACCCUUGUUUCCUA